AUGGCGGCGUACAGAAGAAAAUUGUUAGUUGCAGGACUGAGUUGGAAAGCUUCUUUGAUGAUCAGGAGCCGCCGUAGACUUGCUGUGCUGCCCACAAUUAUCAGGAAGAACUGGAUGACCUUGAGUGUCACAGGUGCUCUGUGUGCUGUCCCUUUCAACCAGAGACCAGAAAGUCUAUCCCAUGAAGACUUGGUACGGAGAGCUUCAUCUUUGGUCACUGACAGUGCUAAUACUUUCCUUUCACAAACCACUUUAGCUCUGCUCGAUUACCUUACAGGUUAUACUAAGGCUAUAAACAACCUGGUGACAUUGCACAAGCAAUAUGUGGCCUCCAUCAGCAAACUUACUCCUGCAGAAGAAGAUGUUAUCUGGCAGGUCAUUCUUCGCCAGCGUCAGGAGGUAAUUGACAGACGAAAGGAUUGUAAACGAUUUGAAUCUUGCUGGAUGACUGCCAUCAAUUUAUCAGAGCUGGCUGCAGAGGCAGCCUUCAAUGCAGGGGCUGACCAAGCUUCUGUGAUGGCACAGAGCAGUCUACAGGUGGCACAGUCACAAGUGGAACAUGUUCGACAGCUAUCAAUAGAGGCUGAGAAAGCACUCAAAGACUCUAAAGCUGAAGAUAGUGAGAGGCUUCAAAAGGCCCUCAGCACUGGAAUGGAGGAGGAUGAAGACAUUCCAGAUGCAUAUCUACGAGAGGACUAAUUAUAUUAAGAACUUUAGCACAGUUGCUGUGCUUAAAUAUACAUUUACAGUAUUGUGACCACUCCAACACCACACCAAGACCUAUACCACUACCAACUGAAACACUGAAUCCUAACAUGUUAUUUAUUUGUGUCCAGCUUAUAGAAGUAGCACAAGAAAAUGCUGUGUAAAGUGCAACCAAGUAUUAAAUGCCAGGGUGUGCAAAAUAAUUUCUGUUCCUUUUUUCUUUUCUUUUUUUUAGAUACAGAGAGAUAAAGAGUAAUGAUAAUUUCUCUAUGCAUGCUUGUUUUCCUUUUCUUUUUUUGGUGGGAUAUGCUUUUGUGAUAAUGAGUCCAUUUAAAAAAAAAAACUACAUGAUACAUUAAAAAAUAAUCUUUAUAAUAUAAUUAAGCAAUGUUUAUUGCUAAAAACCUUUAUUUUUCAAUGCCUUUCUUAUAUACCCUUUAUUUGUAUCUGUUAUAUAGAGUCUAUAUUAGUCUUUUAUAGGCUAACACUUUUUAAAUCAUCCUUUAGAGUGGAUUGUGAAGGUCUAUCUAGAGCUACUGUACAUUCAGUAUGACUAAAAUAUACAUUUACUCCUUCCUAGUUCCCUUGUUCAUUCUGUUUUACCAUUGCAAAACAAGUUAUUAAUCUCUUAUUAUUAUUAUUUUUCAGUGCCAACAUGAAAGAGCAUGUCAAACACUGAUGUCUAUCUCUCCUUAUCUCCACCUGUUUCUUUCUGUGUUCUCAGAUUAAGGGCCCAUUGCCAGUAAAUCCAUCAUGUCACUAGAGAUGUCAUUCUACUUUUGUGUGGUCCAGAGCUGUCCCUCAGUCUUUUCACAUAUCGCACUUUUCAGUCAACCACAGAGCUACGGUCAUGUGUGUCAUUCCUUCCUCCUGUCACAUUUUCAAAACCAAGCUGAUGAAUAAUGGCUAUAUAACUUUGUAAUACUAUAAAAACUUUUCUAUAUGAGUGAUGUCUAUUACUAGAUAUUAUUAGUGUACAAUGGGGCUAAAAUACCCUCUUAAGGAAAAGUGAUUAUUUUUUCUGGUCCAUAAUGUAAAAUUAUUUUUCCAUAAUGUUGUAAACUAACCAUAUUUAUUAGUAGACAUUACUCAAAUAGAACAGUUUUUAUCAUACAUAGUAAUAUCCAUACAUCGAUGGCAGUUGAAAUUUUAUAAUUGUGUGUUUUUAGCUUAAGCACAUUGUUUCUUCGACACAAAGAGCAAAAAAUGUGUCUCAACAAUUGCAUUGAUCAAUUAGAGCUGCGGUCUGACUAAAGAAGAUAUUUUUGCAGUGUGCCUUGUGUUAAAAGACAUUGUUUUGAUACACUUUUUUUAUUUCAAUGAAGCCAAUGCAACCAGUAUACCUUCUCUGCUGAUAGUUAAACAGCCAACAGAGGGUGCUCUGGGACAAAUUACUACAUUGACAUCUUGGUCUUAGGAGUAAACACAACUCUAGCAUUAAAAAUGUCUUUUACAUUUUGUUAAUUUAACAAUCAUAAAUUCAAUUGCAUGAAGUGCUGCUGCGUAUUCUUAAAUUUGUCUAAUACUUUUGUCAUUCAGUGGUCUAAUAUAAUAAGUCAUUACAAUCCUAAAUCUUUUCAGCUGUAGCUUGGCAUUUAUUUAUUUAUUUAGUUAGUUAGUUAGAUUUGCCUCCAGGUACCCAUUUUAACCCUCCUAUUGGCUUAAGAAACUGCACACUCUUUUUAUCCAUCGGGUCAUUUUUUU